UUGUAACAUAACCUUGUUUGUGUGUUUAUAUUGUUGAUGUCUUGAUGAUUGUCCUAAGCCUUUUAAAUGUCUACAGAACAUAAAACUCUAGCAAAUUUCAUAAAAUCCGUCCACAAAAAGCUACGAGAUGAAACCAAAACCUUAGGAUCCGAAAUCGCUUGGCAAAACCACUGCAGCAAUGAAGAAAAUUUAAGAAAAUACGCUCGGGCAAUGCACGAUUUGGCCGUGAAGCACUGGGACUUCAAUGCCCAGAACAACGAUAAAGUUAUUUCAAGAGUUAUGUGGGUAUACGAUAGUACUAUCGAAUAUUUUUCUUGCCUGGACAAAUAUUGGCAAAAAGAAAUUAGGAUUCAUAAGAACAAUAGUUUUGGGGAAGUGGUUGAACUUGGUCAACUUGCCAAGGGUGAAAGGCUGAAGGUUUUAGAUGUAGGUAGCUGCUACAACCCUUUCAGUACUUUCAAGGAAUUUGAUGUUAUGGCCGUUGAUAUUGCACCGGCUAAUGCAGAAGUCUUAAAAUGUGAUUUCCUUAAAGUCAAUAUUGGAAACGCCACUUUUAUUGAAAAUGGAACAUUAAUUAGUCUACAGGAAAACUUCUUCGAUAUCAUAGUUUUCAGUUUAAUUUUAGAGUACCUUCCUAGCCCCAAGCAAAGGUUAAAGAUAUGCCUAAAUGCUUAUGACUUACUAAAAUUUGAGGGUAUUUUGGCAAUAAUUACUCCCGACUCAAACCACAUAGGCUCUAAUAUAAAAAUAUUUAAAUCUUGGCAAUUUGUUUUGGCCAAAUAUGGAUUUGUAAGGGUUAAGUAUGAAAAGCUGCCACAUAUGCAUUGUAUGCUCUUCAGAAAAACUCCAUUUCCUGAAGUGGCCAGGCGAUGGGCAGAUAUUCAUAGGAGUGAAGGUUUUUAUGAUGAAAUUUUUAUUCCUCAGGAUUUUACCAGGGAGAAGGUUACUAAGGAAAAUAGAUUGGAGGAUCAAGAAGUGUGGUGUCAUGAUACUUUUUUACAGGAUUUUAAUUGUUUUUAGCAUUAAAAAGUUUGUUCACAA